AUUGAACACUAUUUCAACUAACUUGUAAGCUCAUUAUGUCUGGUCGUGGCAAAGGAGGCAAAGCAAAGGGAAAGUCAAAGACUCGCUCCAGCAGGGCCGGACUCCAAUUUCCCGUCGGUCGUAUCCACCGAAUGCUCCGCAAGGGCUCGUACGCUGAGCGUGUCGGUGCUGGUGCCCCUGUCUACCUGGCUGCCGUCAUGGAGUACUUGGCCGCUGAGGUACUCGAGUUGGCCGGUAACGCAGCUCGUGACAACAAGAAGACCCGUAUCAUCCCUCGCCACUUGCAAUUGGCCAUCCGCAACGAUGAAGAGUUGAACAAACUUCUCUCUGGUGUCACCAUCGCUCAGGGUGGUGUUUUGCCAAACAUCCAGGCUGUUCUCUUACCUAAGAAGACCGAUAAGCCCGCAAAGGCUUAAAAUUCUUGUUUUAUUUCAACCAACCGGUCCUUUUCAGGGCCACUAGUACGAACAGAAACGAUUAAUCUCUAUCUGUUUAUUUACAAUUAAUCUUCACAAGAUAAGGUAAUUAUACUUAAGGUAGACAAAUCCUUUUAUAUUAUACAUUCCGUGCUCUCAAUACCUCAAUUUCUUGUUCGUAGGUUGUUUAUCUCCUGGCCUUCUCAAAUAGCGUAAUAAUUUUUAGUUACCAAACCGUGUUUUGCUUACAACCUUUUCCUAUAGACAAAUUCAUGCUAGAGAGAAAAGCUGUGACACUCUUUCGUUUCCGUGUUGAAUUUAGUUCCGCAAUUACGCAGUUAUUGGCUUCACCCUGAACAGUUACAGCGCCAUUUCUUUGCGAAAAUAAUUUUCACUAUUAGGAAGCAACUAGGCGUGAAAAUUUCAACAAGGAAAAAGUAUGUUGUGCUUAGCUUUAUUUGAUUUUCACUACCCACUACCUAAGUGUAAUCGAAUCCCUCGUUCAUGAAGCUCGAUGAAGAAUAAAAAUCGCCCAAGCUUAGCUAAAUGUAAGUAUUGACCUAAACGAAAGUUGUCUCGUACUUGGUAUAAAUUUUUCGGGUCGCUCCUUUCCUUACGUUAGAGAACUGCUAAAUAACUGGAAACUUAACAAGAAGUCAUGGAAACAAAAGUAAGCCGCCCUGCAUUGGUUGGUUCCUGAGUCUUUGUUUUCUAGCAUACCACCAGAUGGCUCUGAUUUCCUCUAUUUUUCUUCCAAAGCCUUAAUUCUCGUUCUCAUGGGGGUACUCUGCGGGAUUCAUUUCACAACCACUUGUUGCCUCCCGCUAUGAGUUGCUAGGUUAGAAAGUAUUGUUCUCUCUUUAUUGUACAUUUUGCGUCAAGGAAGUUUUCUUUUAGGUUUGUACUUUCCAGUUUCUUGUAGUAAACUAAGUUUGCUUCCUUUUAGAAACCAGGAAAAGUGCUGUCACUCUUUUCUAGCCAAUUGUUUUGAGGGCCGUUGUUACAGUUUGAUAAAACCUUUCCGGGACGAUAAAAUCAGACAUUCCCAAUUCUUGAUGGUGUCGGUCGAAGACGCAUCAGCGGUGGAGCCCGCCAAGAUCCAUUGUAUAACAAACGUGAACAAUUUUUCUCAAACUACUACACUUCUCCUUGAUGGAGAUAAUU